UCCGGCGCCAGCAGCCCCUACCAGCCCACCACCGAGCCCGUCAGCCAGCGCCACGGGCUGCGCGGCCUCCGCUGCGAUCCCGACUACCUGCGCGGCCCUUUCGGCCGCCUCAAGAUCGCCCAGGUGGUGUUGGCUUUGAUUUCCUUCAUCUGUAUAGAGACCAUCAUGGAAUGUUCCCCUUGUGAAGGACUUUAUUUCUUUGAAUUUGUCAGCUGUAGCGCAUCAGUAGUUACUGGAGUUCUAUUGCUUAUGUUCAGUCUAAAUCUCCAUGCAAGAAUACCACAGAUCAACUGGAACAUUACAGAUUUGGUCAAUACUGGAAUCUGCACUUUCUUCUUCUUCAUUGCAUCUGUAGUACUUGCUGCUUUAAACCAUAAAAAAGGUGCAGAAAUUGCAGCUGUGAUAUUUGGUUUUUUGGCAACUGCAGUCUAUGCUGUGAAUUCAUUUUUAGCAGUUAAAAAUUGGAGAAAUACCAAUAGACAGCAAAACACGCGACAGACCAGUGACUAUAUGCGUGCUCGGACAGAAUCCAGAGAAGUAGAUAAUCGCCCAGAGAUUCAACGUCUGGAUGGGUGAAAAAGGGAAUUCCCUGAAGAAGAUUAAAAAAAACCUGUGGACCUUUUAAAAAAAAAAAAGAAAAGAAGAUGCUUAUGAUAGUUUUACAGGCAAUAAAGGAGAAUGUGAUGGCCAAGAGCACCCGCAUGUACAAAGAGAAGGAGGCAGAUUAAGAAGCAAUUAGGUGAAGCCUAUAAUGACAAUUGCAAUUUUUUUGGUCCAUAAAUAUGGAGAACGGGGAUCCAAUAGAGUGGAGAAAGUGGUGCAUAUUUCUAACAUCCAGAUGAAAAAUUAGCAUUAAUACUAGCAAUAGAUUGUACUGAGGUGAAAGAUAGCAAGAAUAUACAGUAAAUUGGGUAUUGGAUUAUGAAAUGGCUGCAUACAUUUCCUAACAAGUUUGCCGGGUUACUUUUGAUCUUGCAGUCCUAUGGUUUCCUUGUGUCUCUACAACAGGCAGCCAGCUAUAUCAGACUUUUAGCUGGAGGAUCAGGUAACAUUAACUGAGGAUUUUGACUACAGAGAAAGAAAACACCAAGCGCACUCCAUUUGUGGCUACAAUUUAGGUACGACCUGGUAUUUAAUACCAUCUGUUACAUCCAUUCUCUUUUUUACUUUGAAAGAAACACAAAGUUGACGUCGGGGUUGUUUAUCCAAAUAUGUAGACAGUUUUAUGUAGACAGUGAAACUUUUUUCCUUUUAUGUUCAGCUACAGGAAAACCUCAUUGUGGUCAGGGUUUAAGAACAUUUGUUUUGUGUCCAUGGAUUGCAGUGUUUCUGAAAUGGUGUAAUUAUCUUGAGAACUUAAUUGGUUUGGCUGCACAUUUUAUUGUCCUAAUUAGGCUGAUACCUAUUUCUAAGUUAAGCUGUUAUUUAGUUGGAGGUACUUAAAUAGUAACUUUCUGGGUGUCAGAUCAGGUAUACAAAAUGUUUGAAGUAUUGUCUACAGGUUAAGACUUAUUUUUGUCAGUGAACAUAGCCAGGAUAACAGUUAUAUGGUUUGUUUAGUUUACAUACCAUUUUAUAUAACUCCAGUUUUCCCUCCACUUUCCUGAAAGGGAGGAUAAUGCACUCUGUGAGUCAGGAAUUUGGAACCAGUAAUUAGGUUCUCUGCAGCCUUAUGCUUUGGGUCCCUUGCAUCCAGUGUUUAAGUCAAUAGAAUUUGAUACCCAUUUGUCCAAAUGCCUGAAAUGUUUCCUUAAUUAUGGUGUAGGUCAACCUUCUCCAAUCGGAUGCUUUCCAGAUGAUUGGACUCAUUAUCUCUGAUAAUUGGCUAUAGUAGGUAGAGCGGAUGGAAGUUGUAAUCCAAAACAGCAGGAGGAUACUCUUUGGGGAACCCUAGUCUAUGUUCUAUUUCUCCUAGCCCAUUCAGUACUUGGUUAUACUUGGUAAGGCCAGAAGAUAGAAUAGUAAAGUUUACUGAAUGUUAUGUGUUUUCCCUGUAUGGAUGGUAUUGGGGAUCCUUCAUACUUAUUACACAGAUAUCUACAUUCACGUAAAACAAAUCUGAGCUCCUAAUUCCAUUACCUUUAGCUUUCUUAGGUGAAGAAAAAGGCUCUAACAAAAAGUCUGGCAGCCACAUGGUGAUAUGUGAGAUCUCAGCAUCAGCAUAUGUGAAGAAUCCUAAUAACCAUCUUAAUUUAAAAAAAAAAAAAAGAUCCUUGAGCUAUGGAAAUAGAUAGGCUCUCCCAGAAAGAGAGGUGGAUGCAGAGAAAUCUAGCCUUCUGCAUAGAUUCUGUGGGCGCACACAUACAGUUAGCAUAAUUGGUUGAAGAAUAUGGUUUCUGUAAGGUUCUACAGAGUAUGUGCAGUUCUGGUAACUCCUAGAAAAGCUUGGAUGGUUCAGUAUGUUCUUUAAAAUAUGGUUAAAAAAUCAAAUAAUUUUGCUCUGUUACACAAUCGUGACUGAGAGCUGCUGUGUUCUGUUAGCUCCUCAGAUUGGCUGCAGUGUAGCACCAAUGAAUGAACUGAAAUCUCAUUACCAGGACAGGUACAUAGUUUAGUGCGCCAAACAUACCACAUUUAUUCCAGAGGAGGUAUUCUCUAUAUUAUGCUUGACACCUUUCAUUGUGGAAUAUGCUAACAGGAUAAUCCUUUUAAAGCUGCUUGCUAAGCAUUUAAUUAGAAUGUACAAGUUCAAGUGACUGCACUUGGUGACUAUGAAUAGAAAAACCUUUUAGUAAUGAUCCCAGAAUCUUUUGACACACUUUUACACUGAUUUUCGGCUUUUUGGAUGAGAACUUUAUUCAGAGUUGAGUGAUAGGACAUUACAUGGCCAAGAUUGAUUUACACAAAACGACAAGAAUAUAUUCAGUUUGUCUGAUUUUUUAAAAGUUGCCUGAAUAUUGUUUCUGUGGUUCUACAAUAACCUAGUGACCUUAAUGGAUCGUGUGAGCUAUGAUGAGUUAACUUAGAAAAAGUUUGCAUUUAUUCUCUCAUUUGGGUUCCUACAAACUAUUUUUUUUUCCUUUUGGACUGUUUGUAGAGCAAGUUUGGUUGGUGAUAUCUUUAGAAACACCCUUUGUUUUUUGUUUAGUGAUGCUUCCAGUUCUGCAUACGAUGGGGUUGAAUUUCUUAAUUUUAUAUUGGCAUUAUGGACAAUAGCUACUGGGAUGUGUGUGUGCGCACGCGGGACCUUAUAAAUAUCCUGAAAUGUUGGUUAAUGCAGGCUUAUCUAGCAUGUUGUCCUUCAGAUGAAUUGAUCCUUCCUUGUUCCCAGCAUCAGUCGUGCUGUUCUAAAUAAUGGAAGCUGUAGGCCAAGGCAUUCAAAAUACUUUUUAAAAAAGAGCUUUCUGAAAAAUUAUUUUUAUACAUUCAAGUGAAAGUGAAUUUCUAAUUUGUGCUUUAAAAUGAUUGGGGCCAAACUGUUUAGACUGGAAAUUGAGUACGUGUUGACAUGAAGCUGGAUAUUUAUUAUAAAAAGUGGUGGUUUCAUUCAUGAUAUCCUUUGAUAAUAUGAAAUGAAGACAUCCUGAAAAGCAAAUUUGACUGGCCAGCAUUAGGAUGCUUUUGGCUGUAAACUAACUUCCUGCAACACUUGUGACUGUAGUGAAGCUUUGUCUUUAAGUGGAUCUUUGGGAAAGGGCAAGACAUAAUAUUACAUAAAAAGGGCAGGAUCUCAACAGCCACGUGCGUAAUUCCACAUGUAUAAGAAGUCUUUGGUAUUCAUUCAAGCUGUAUGGCAGACUGCUUUUGAAACAGAAGAGCUAAAAACAGCUUGAAUUAUGACCUGCUGGUGGAGCAAUUGCUAUUCAAAAAAGUAAGCAAAACGUGUGAUGUUGUAUAGCAAUUUCAUUUUUCUCUCAGUAGAUGGUAAGUAAAAGAAGUAAUGGUGGGAAUAUGCAGGAAAGUUUCAAAUCAAAGAUGUUGCCUGGAUUCCCCUUUGCUCCUGCCAAUAAAAUUUUGUCAGUGAAUUCUAUAUGAUAUGAAAUGGCAAGUACUUAAGUCAGGAUAUGUUCUUUUCUUUCUUGUGCUUAUAAGCUCUGCUUAAUUAUUGUUUCAAGUUUUGGGUUUUGCAGUGUAGGGCUCAGUUAAUAGCGCUGCCAGGUUCAAGGAAAUUUAUGUGAAUAACACCAUCUGCGUUCCCAAAAAUGGUAACCAUGAGUUUUCUUGCUGAAGCCUGAGUUUUGAUUUUUUUUUUU